CUUCGCUGUUGGACAGAUUCUGUUGGCUGGUAUUGCCUAUUUGAUCCAAAACUGGAGAAUCCUGCAGCUAGUGCUUUUCUGCCCUCUGGUCAUUGUCCUGGUGGCCUUUUAUAGGCUGUUGCCAGAAUCAGCUUGAUGGCUGAUGACUCAGGGCAGGAAGGAGGAGGCACUAAAGGAGCUCCAGCGGGCAGCCAGAGUCAAUAAGAAAAAAGUACCAGAAGAUGUCCUAAACAAUAUAGAGAUGGAGACUACAUCUGAAAGAAGAAACGUACUGGACAUCUUCCGCAUCUCAUAUCUGAGAAAACGUUUUCUGAUAAUGGGUUUUGACUGGUUUGCAACAAGUCUUCUGUUCUAUGGACUGAGUCUGAAUGUAGGAAACUUUGGCCUGAAUAUUUACCUCACACAGUUGAUCUUUGCUGUUGUUGAAAUUCCUGCAAACUUGUGCGGUUUGACUCUAAUUCAGCGCUUUGGAAGGAGGAUAUGUCAAGCGUGUUUCCUGCUCUUUGGAGGUGCCGCUUGCCUUGUGGUCCUUGCUGUGCCAAAAGAUCUUUCCAUGGUGGUAACAGUCUUAGCUGUGCUCGGGAAAUUUUCUGCCACUGCUUCUUUCAGCACAGCCUACGUUUAUACAGCAGAAUUAUACCCCACAGUUUUAAGGCAGAAUGGUGUAGGUCUGAACUCCAUGUGUGCUCGUGUGGCAGGUAUAGUCGCACCACUGAUCAGGCUCCUGGAAAGCUACCAUCACAUCAUCCCAAUGCUUGUAUACGGCAUCACCCCCUUUGCUGCUGGAUGUUUCUCUUUUCUACUGCCUGAAACCCUCAAUGUUGAACUACUAGAUCACACUGAAAUGAAAAAACCAGAGCAUGGACCAAGUGGAGACGAUUACUAUGCUGAAGAAGUUGAAGAACACAAACUAUAAUUUUUACUGAAGCCAUAAUGACAUUUUUGUAAUUUCACUUUUUUAUUAUUUGAUAUGUAUAUGUUAAUAUACAUGUAUGCAUAUGUUGUACUGUACAGUAUAUAAUGUGGCUUAUUGUUUAUUUUUUGAAACACACGGUUAAAA